AAGAACUUUGAAUUAAUCGAUGCAUACCGUCUUAUAUUUUGCAACAUAUCGUGUGACGAAAGUGCAUGCAUGAGUGGAACCUUAAUUAUAUUAUAAAUACAUCAGCAAUUGUAAUGUAACCCUCAUCGGUUAACUGAAUCGUUGAAAAUAUGGCGUCUUUUUCAGUUUCCAGGCUUCCUGUUGUGAACUUCUCCAGGGAAAAUUUGAAGCCUGGAACGAGUGCUUGGUUAUCCGCAUGCAGCAAUAUCAGGCAAGCGCUUGAGCAGUAUGGCUGCUUUGUUGCAGAGUAUGAUAAAGUUUCUUUACAACUUCACAAUGCAGUAUUUUCUGCAGCAGAAGAGUUGUUUGAUUUGCCGAAAGAAAUCAAAAGAAAAAACACUUCUGAAAAACCAUAUUUUGCCUAUGUUGGAGACCAACCCUUUGUCCCUUCUCUCUAUGAAGGUCUGGGCAUCGACUAUGCAAACACCCUGGAAGGAACUCAAAGUUUCACCAAUCUCAUGUGGCCUCAAGGAAAUGACAAAUUCUGUGAACCUAUUCUCUCCUACUCGAAACUGGUAUCGGAAUUGGAGCAAAUAGUGAAGAGAAUGGUGUUUGAGAGCUAUGGUGUGGAGAAGUACUACGAUUCUUUCAAUGAAUCGAGCACUUAUCUUCUUAGACUGAUGAAAUAUAGAUUACCUGAGACGAAUGAACCGAAUCUCGGUUGCGAUGUUCAUACAGACAAGAGCUUUAUCACCAUACUUCACCAGAAUGAAGUAAACGGUUUAGAGAUAAAAACACAGGAUGGUGAUUGGAUUGAUUUUGAUCCCACACCUUCAUCCUUCAUAGUCAUGGCUGGCGAUGCACUCUUAGCAUGGAGCAAUGGAAGGAUUCAUUCUGCAGUACAUAGAGUGGUGAUGAAUGGCAAGAAGCCAAGAUAUUCAGUUGGGUUAUUUACAUACAACGAGGGAAUAAUUAAUAUUCCUGAAGAGCUAGCUGAUGACCAACAUCCCUUACAAUUUAAGCCAUUUGAUCACUUCGGAUUGCUUCGUUUCUUCGUUACAGCUGAAGGUUCCACGGCUGAGUGCACUGUAAAAGCCUAUUGUGGUGUUUUAAAUGUCUGUUAAUUUAUUUACUAUGUUAAUUAUUUAUGUAUUUUCCUUAAUUUUAAUUGUUAUCUAAAUCUCUUCCGAUGUUGAUGCCGUAUUUUCUUCUUUUAACAGUAAUGGAAUCCAUA